GGCACAGCCCGUGAUUUGCUAUUGAUUCCAGCCGCUAAAAAUGAACAAUGCCCAGAGCCGUCCCGUCUCGAACCGCGCCUUGCCCACCCACAAACCAUGCUCCAUGGUAGGUGCCAGAUAGACAUCUACUCCUAGCCCCCAAUUCAAUGGCACAGCAUUGAAAUGGAACCACACCACAGGGCUGGGCCAUCAGCAACACAACUGGGGACCUGAGAUUAUUCCAUCCGUCUUCCAUGCCUGAGGCAGUCAGGGUCUGGUCCCGCAUGUGGGGAACGCGUGCGUCUUCUUGGCCACCGUCGACCCACCGAGCCCCAAACUGGGCGGGCAGCAGGCAGGCAAGCAGCAGAUCGCAGGAACGCGCUAGCCUUGGAAGCCAGCCACACCAGCACCAGCGACGCCCGUGACCUUCUCCCUCCCUCCCUCUUCCUUGCUCGCCCGCUCAUUGUGCGAUGCGGCUGCCCACCCACCUGUUGGAUAUCUGCCUAGCCUGACCAGGCUGUCUGUCGGAUUCGGUCUGGCACCACCAUCGUCUUUCGCACACUUUCUUCAUCUACCUCUCUACCUACCUAGCUACCUAUAUACUACCAACCUCCAGCCUAUCCUUGCUCUCCCCCCUCUCUUCGCUCCGGCGCAACAGCCACCAACAUCCGACGAAGACGCACAGGUGCGUGCGCAGCCCCCGGCCGUAGCCAAACCCGGUGCUCCGCCUCCCCGAUCGGCCGCCCCUCGACGCCAGCCCGACCCGGCACCCACGUGGACGCUCCCGGUUCCGGGGUUCAUGCGCGCAUAACCAGGAUCCAUCGGGUUGGCGCCUACCUCUGCGGCCGUACCCGAGCACGCAUUCACUCCUCAUCCAGCGUCGCCGGUCGCUCACGGACCGACCGUGCCCCGCGCCUCCUGACCCUGCGCCAUGGGGAUCCUCACCCAAAAAUCAAAGCUAAAGGUCGCGCCGCCCACGAUCCGCAUCGAGAAGGUCGUCGUCAAGCCGAAGCCGAAGCCCCAGCCGAAGGCCGGGUCGUCGGCAGGACCCCGCGGCACCCUCGGCGCCGCCACUGCCACACACCAUCCGCUGCGCAGGAACGCGGCCAGCGCGUCCCCGCUGCCCUCGUCGUCCUCGUACGCCUCGGAUCAUUCGGCGCAGGGCCAGGCGCGCAAGCGCAAGUCCUCCAGCGUCGGCCCCGGCACCACCCCGCGCCGAUCCCCCGCGAGCGACCGCGUCACGUUCGACAAUGACUCCGAGUCCGACGACGAUGACUGGGAGGAGAGUAUCGACGCGCGCAAGCGACAGCGCACUGCCGACAGCGAUCGCGUUCCGGACCCGGACCGCAUGCUCGUCUCGCCUGGCCUGACAGAAACGCAGGGCGACGGCAAGGAAAGGCCAGAGCCACGCUUCAUACACGCUGCCGAUCUCGCGUCGCUUGCCCUCAAAUGCUCGCCCUCGCUUGGCGCCCCGCCGGCCGAGGUUGCGGUAAAGCUGCAGUACCCAGGUCUGCGACAAAGAGAACGGUAUGAGCUUGUUUCUGGGAAGGACAUGAUAGAUGCCGUUCCCGAGAUAAUACGGGUGAUAAAACAUGUGGCCGACACCUAUCUCAGCGAUAGUGAGGCCCUCCUGAUAAACGACCCCGCCAACGGCUUGGUGCGGCAACUCGAGCGCGCUUCGAGCCCCUCGGUCCAGGAUUACAAGGCGUUUCGCAGGGCCUUGGACAAAUACAACAGCCACGUCCUUGCUCUCCGGUCCAGCGGCGCGCUAGCCCGAAAUCUCGGCAGUCGACAGGCCCUCCCCAACGACCUCGUCGCUUUCAUACUUGAGCAGGUGUACGACCGCACCGUCGCUCCCAAGGUGGAGCUGCUGGCCAAGUACGAGAACGGCACCGACAAUGUAUACGGCGAGCUCUUGCACCCCUUCAUAAACGACAUCCUCAUCCGGAGGCUGAAUAUGACUUCGGGCCAAGUUUUCGUCGACCUCGGCUCCGGGGUCGGGAACGUUGUGCUGCAGGCGGCCCUCGAUAUCGGCUGCGAAAGCUGGGGCUGCGAGAUGAUGGAAAACGCCUGCAACCUGGCCGAGGCGCAAAAGAGGGAGUUCAGCGCGCGCUGUCGGCUAUGGGGAGUGGCGCCUGGCAGGGUGCGGCUGGAAAGAGGAGACUUCCGGACGAACCAGAGGAUUCACCAAGCCCUCCAGCGCGCCGAUGUUGUUCUUGUCAACAACCAGGCCUUCACGUCGCAGCUCAACGACGACCUUGUCCGCAUGUUCCUGGACCUCAAGAGUGGUUGCAAGAUAGUGUCGCUCAAGAGCUUCGUCCACGACCACAAGAAUGCGCUCAACGAUGUUGGUAGCACCAUUCUAGACGUCGAGCACCUCACGUACCCCGAGGGCUACGUGAGUUGGACCGCGGCCGGGGGUACCUUUUGCAUUUCGACGAGGAAGUGACGAUGCCCUCCCUGUUUUGUUUUUCUUUUGUUAGACAAGAUACCACCAAUCAGCAAUGAUUUGCAUGUACUGAAUAGCAUGUGUUGAGCACAAGAGAAGCCAAGCCCUGUAGAGGAAAAAAGGUCAUGCCUGGAAAGAAUAGAGAGAGGAAUAGAGGGGCUCUCAAACCGCGGCUGGGGAUUGUGAGGUGGCUGAUAACGAGCCUGGGGAGAGGAGGGAUGCCUACCUAUUUGCCGUGCCAACAUAGACCAGCGAAAUCUCGAGGACCAAUAACACCGACAUGCGAGGGAUUCUUAAUAUAUGCCUUUGAGAGGUGCCUUGAAGCAUAUGACGGGGCUCGUCAUUGUCGCCUGGUAAAUAG